AUGGACACCGAUGGAGGUAGAGAUUUUAUCGAGUGGUUCAUAUUUCUUAUCAGAUCCAUUCAUGGCCUGAACGGGACAAUUAGGGAAGUAUUCGGUGAAAGAAUCCCUCUAAUGAAUAUCAAGACCAUGCAAGAAAACCUCAGGGAAAAAAACCUGCUGACAAGUUUCCUGGAGGAGAACAUUGAGGACACAUCACAGAAUGCAGCUCAUGACCUGAAAUUUUCUCUUCAUCCCCUGAGGGACCACCUGGAUCUGGCCUAUGUUGGCAACAUCACCAUUGGAAUAACCCCUCAGGAGUUCAGGGUUGUCUUUGACACGGACUUAUCUAACUUGUGGAUGCCCUCCAUCUACUGCUACAGUCCUGCCUGCCAUACACACAAGCUCUUCAACCCUCACUCAUCCACCACCUCCGGGCUCUCGGCCUCAAAGUUCAACCUCACCUAUGGCUCUGGGAGGAUUACUGGAUUUCUUGGGUAUGACACCAUUCAGGUAAUUGGAAACCAGAAGCUGAGUCAGGCCUGGCCCUGA